AAGGUAAACAAAAAAAAUUCACCGCGAAAUGUCUUCAAGCUCCUUCCGUUUGCGUCGCAUGAUCAAAGAUCAAAAAGCCGCCACGAAAGAAUCUCCGUCAAUUUCUGCCCGAAUCAACUCCCCGCUUGCCAAAUACGAAGCCGGCGAACUCAAAUGCAUCGUUUGUGAUGCCGUCGUGCGCUCCGAAAAAGCUUGGCCCGUGCACGUCAACUCGAAGAAACACAAAGAAAAUCUCGUUGCUGCCAAGGAACUCAAGGAAAAGGUCAAAAAUGAUCCCGUGUUGGCGCAAAAGGUUGCCGCAGUGAAACGUCCCGCAGUUCCUGAAGUCGUCAGCGAACAACCGACGAAGAAACUCAAGGGAAUUCUGAAAAAUUCGAACCGGAAAGAUGACGAGGAAGAGUUUGAGACGCCGGAAAAUGCAAAAAUUGAUAAAAGUUUGGUGAAUAUUAGUCGAAGCAAUGGACAGAAACAGGAAAAAAUGGAAACGGAGGAACAACCAACUAACGAGCUGCCUGAUGGGUUCUUCGAUAAUCCGAAGGAAGAUGCGAAAGCCCACAAUCGCGAAUUCAAAGACCCAAACGACGAAGAAUGGGAUCGUUUCCAAAAAGAGAUCAAAGAUGCCCAAACGCUAUCCACGCAAAUCAUCAACGAGGAACAAGAAGAACUCACAACGGAGCGUCAAAUGGACGAAAUUGACGAACAGAUGCGAAUUUGGUCCCGCGUUCUCGAUUUGGAGAAGAAAAAGGAAGCUGUUGUCGAAAAAUUCAAAGAAGUCAAGCACGAAGCGAUGGAAGAAGAUCCUCAAAACGACAAAAGCAGCGACUCUGAAGACUCUGACGUCGACAUUGACGAAUAUCUGGACUGGCGAGCGAAGAAAUCACACAAAUAAUUAAUAAAUUUUCGUAUUUUUUAAUGUU